UCUCUCUCACACACACAUAUAGGCAUACAUACAGACAUUCUCAUUCUCUCUCCCCCCACCCCUCCCUUUUCUCACACAGACACAUUAUCUUUAUGUCUCUCACCCUUACCCCCUCCUCUCUGUCUCUCUCACACACAUUCUCUUUCCCUCCUUCCCCCUCUCUCUCACACACAGAUGCAUACAUACACACAUUUUCAUUCUCUCUUUCCCUUUGUCUCUCUCCCCUUCCCAUCUCUCCUCCUCUCUCUUUCUCUAACACAGACUUUCUCUCUUUCUCCCUCCUUCUCUCUCACACACACAUUCUCUCUCUCCCCCCCCCCUUCUUCUCACUCAUCUCUCUCUCCUCUCUCUCUCUCUCUCACACACACACACACACGCACUUUCUUUCUCUUUCAUUGGCAGGAAUCUCUCUUUCACACACACACACACGCAUAAUCUCAUUCUCAUUCUCUCUCCUCUCCUUGCUCACACACACACAUACACAUACUUACACACACUUUCGUUCUCUUUCCCUCUCUACCCUUCCCAUCUCUCCUUCUCUCUUGCUCACAUUCUCUCUUGCCCCUCUCCUCUUUCACACGCACGUUCUCUCUUUUUCUCACUUCUUUCUCUCUCCCUCCCUGUUUCACACACACACAAAAUCUAACUCUCACUCUCCCCUUCUCCUUCUUGCUCACACACAUGCAAAUACAUAUACACAUUCUCAUUCUCUCUCCCCUCUUCUUCCCCAUCUUUCCUCCUCUCUCUCUCACAAACACACAUUGCCUUACCCUCUCCCUCCCUCUCUUCCCCUCUGUCUCUCUCUGCCUCUCUCUCUCUCACACACACACACACAUUCUCAUUCUUUCUCUCUCUCACACACAGAGACACAUUCUCAUUCUCUCUUUCUCAUACACACACACACAUGCACACACACACACACACACACAUUCUCUUCCUCCCUCUCCUUCUCUCUUCCUUCUUCUCAUGCUGGGGGAAUCAAGAUGGCUAUAUUGUGAGCUUUCCUAUAGACAGGCCCAUGUGGCAUGGCACACCCAAGGAACUGAGACACUCAGUCCAGCCUUCCACAAGAAGCUGCAGCCUCACCAGCGCCAGGUGAGUGAGUUUAGAAAUGGCUCCUCCAGACCCAGGAGAGUCCUGGGUGACUGCAGCCCCAGCCAACAGUUUGACUGUAACCUGAUGAGAGGCCUUGAGUGAGGAAUGCCCAGCCAAGCACCUCUCAGACUCCUGAUCCAUAGAAACAAUGAGGUAAUAAACAUUUGUUGCUCAAAGCUGUUAAUUUAAGGGUAAUUUGUUACACAGUAAAUUAUAACCAGAACACCUUGGCAGUACUUAAUUGUUUAUCAUUUAUUUAUAUUUUUGCUAAUCUAAUGUAAAUACUACCAGUGUUGACAUCUGUAUUUGUGUGAGUAUGUGUGUGUGUAAAUUGUUUCAAAUCUUUUGCUUAUUUUUCUAUUAACCUGUUUAUUCUUUCUUGUUUUGUUGUAGGAUUCUAAUGUAUUUAAGAUUAAUGCUUUAUUUUUCAUAGAUGGUGCAAAUAUUUUCUUUCCAUCUGUUUAACCAUACAUAAUUUAUAAUUCAUGUGCAGUUGAGUUUGCUGAUUAUGUCUCUUGUCACGUUUAGAUUUGUAUUAUAAUUAGAAAAGCAUUACAGUUCCAAGAUAUGUAAUAUUUGCAUGUAUUUUCUUCUAAAAUUUCAGAGACUUGUUCAGUAUUUAGCUUCUUAACCCACCCAUAGUACAUUAUUUCUAGUGAGGUUAUACAGAGAGCUAAAUAAAACUUUCCAGAUUGAUAAUCAGUUGUCAAAUAUCAAUGUGAUAUAGUCCAUCCAUUUUUAUAAGUUGAAUCAUAUAAAAACAUGAAUAUUUCUGAACUGUAUAUUACAUACCAUCAAUUUUCUUACUGUUUCCUGCAAUAACCACACUGUUUAAAUUGCUAUAAUUCUAUAAUAUGUUUUGAUAAUUGUUGGGAUUAGUUUCUUACGGGUCUUCCUUUCAAAUGUUGUCUUAGUGUUUUGCAAAUAUUUUUUCCAUAAUGAAUUUAAAGUAAUCCUAUACAUUCCUCAGAAGUUAUAUUUAGAGUUUAAUUUUCAGAUUAAUUUUAACAAGCAGAAUAAUUUGGGGAGAGUUACCUCUUUCAAAUACUGAGUAUUUCUUAACCAAGGACACAGUAUAACUUUUUCUUUUUUUCAGGGCCUGUGUUAUGACCUUCAAUAGACUUCUAUUUUCUAAAUAAGUUUUACGAGUUUUCUUGUCAGGCCUAACCAUAAGUAUUUAAUGAGCUUUAUGGCUGUUCUAAAUGGACUUAUUUUCCUAUUACAUUUUAAAUUCGUCAUUGCUGGUGUAUAAGAAAGCCAUUGAUUUUUAAAUAUUGAUUUAUUUUAUUCUGGCUACUUUCCUGGACUCUUAUGAGUUCUUAUAGCUUUUUAAUUGAUUCUUGAUGAUUUUUUUUAUUUUGGUGGACAAUAACUUUAUCUUUGUCAUGUGUGUAUAUAUAUGUGUUUGCAUAUGUGUCUAUAUAUAUAUAUGUGUGUAUGUGUAUACACACACACACACACAUUUUACUUUUAUUUCAUUGCAUGGUAUAGCAUCUCCAACAAACAUCAAUAUUGACAUGGUACUGGGAUCCUUUUCUUAUUUCUGAUUUACUGCCGAUUAUCCUUGUAUUAGCUUUCCUGAUACCACUAUAACAUAUUACCACAAACUGUGUAACUUAACCCACCACAACUGUAUUUCCUUACAGUUCUGGAGGUCUGAUGUCAGAAUGUGAUGUACAGGGCUAUAAUCAAAGUGUCUGCAGGGCUGGUUCCUUCUGAGGGGAACAUGCUCUCCCUUCUGCAAGGGAGGAUCUGUUCCUUGUCUCUAUCAGCUGCUGUAAGCCACCUGCAUUCCUUGGAUCAAGGUUUCUUCUUCAUAACGCUCCAACCUCUUGCUUGCUUUCAUCAUCACAUUGCCUUCACCUCUGUCUAAAUUCCUAUCACCCAGAUAAUUCAGAAUAAUCUUUUACUCUCAAGGUUCUUAACUUAAUCACAUCUGCAAAGUCUCUUUUAACACGUAAAGUAACACAUUCACAAGUUCCGGGAAUUAAGACAUUGUUGCGGGGAGGGGACGUUGUUAAACUUACCACACUUAAAAUAUUUCAUUAUUAUUUAUGCAGUUUUCUUAAGGCUUCUGGUAGAUUUUUUAAAGUCAGUUCCAAGAAUGUAUUUCUAUAACUUGCUUACUAAGAGCUUCUUCCUUCUGAGUCAGUAACAAAUAUUGUAAUGAAUCAAAUGAUUUAUUCAUCCAUCUUGAGAUGUUUACUCACUGUUCUCCUUUGUUAAUGUACUAAUUAAAUUAAUGCACAUGUUUCAUAAUUUGAAAUACUUUUGUACUCUCAGUGUACGCCUUUUGGGUAUAAUGUAUUAAUAUUAGUCUGCUAACACAUUCCUGAAAUUAAUUUGCUAAUAGUUUAUUUAUAAUAUUCAUAUCUGUAUUCACUAGCUUUCUUGUCUGUGCUUUCUUUGUUAAAUCUUGAUAUCAGAGUUAUAUUAUCCCAUAAAAUUAUUUGAAAAAAUUAUUUUUCUUUAUGUCAGUCGAAAAACAUUACAUAACAAAGAAGUUAUCUCUAUAAAGGUACAAUCAGCCUCACCCAAAAACACCCUGCGCCUGAUUUCCCUUUAUGGUGGGCAAUAAACUCUCAAUAUUUCACCUGACACUAUCAAUAUUUCUGCUAUUCUUUAGGUGAACUUUUGUCAUUUGUGUCACUAGCAAAUAAUUCUUACUAAGAUGCUUAACUUAUAACAUAAACCAUACUUACGCUUGAUAUGGUUUGGCUCUGUGUCAUCACCCAAAUCUCCUGUUGAAUUUAAUUCCCAGUGUUGGGAGGGGGACCCGGUGGGAGGUGGUGGUUGGAUCAUGGGGGCAGAUUUCCCCCUUGCUGUUUCGCGAUAGUGAGUUCUCAUGAGGUCUGGUUGGUUAGAAGUGUGUAGCUCUUUCCUCUCUGCUCUCUCUCCUGUUCCACCAUGGUAAGAUGUGCCUGCAUCUCCUUUGUCAUCCAUCAUGACUGUAACUUUCCUGAGGCCUCCCCAGCCAUGCUUCCUGUACAGCCUACAGAACUGAUGGAACACCAGGCUAUAGUUUCAGGAAGCCAGCCUUGAGUUUGCAAAAAAUAGCACCCCCUUCAGAAUUGGUAAAACAAUGAGAAAGAAUUGCCCAGAACUUCAUGGAGCUGAGCCAUUCACCCAUCCUGGAACAUCCACCUUCCUCUGGAAUUGUUUUUUUAAUGUAUUUUCUUCUUGUUUAAUCCACUAAUUCUCUCUCUUUUCCUCUCUUUCUCUCUCUCUCAUCUCUGUUCCUUUCCACAGCAACAUAGACUAUAUAUGAUUAUAUAUUUGAGUGUAUUUAAUUUUAAAAGUACAUACAUAGAUAUUUACAGAACUGCUCAAUCAGAAAAAAAUACACUUAAUAAAUAAUUGUUCAACAAUGGCCUUGAUGUGCUAUAAUUUGUAUUUCCACCAAAUGAGUCCCAGUUACUUUUAAUGUGUAUUUUCCAUGCUUGUUCACCUAUUUCAUUUUAUAUUAAAUGUAUAUUAAAUUUCCCUCUAAUGUUUU